UCUCCAACUAUAGACAUGUCACUUCAUUCUUACCUUCUCCUCAACCGCAUUAUCCCGUCCACAAGGAAAAGUUUAGUCGUAGCCAUUUUGAUUUUAAUAUCGGGUUUCAUUUUCGUCAGCGUCAUUCGUCCUUCUUGGUCGUCCAACAUCUCACUCAGCAGCCAAAAGAUCUCGAAUAAAUGGGAAGAAAUGUUUCAAUCAGCCACGGCUGCCGUCAUCGCCAACACGUUGUCCAGUAGUAACAAGAAGGUUGAUUGGGAUGUUCUACUGGACGAUGAGUCGUUAACUGGUGCUCAACUCGUCAAAUAUCUCAUGUGGACUAACCAUUCUUCGUGUCAGCUAUCUCACGACUUUGGCGGUGUCAUGAUGAAAAAUCCAUCCGGAUUGGCUGGACAAAAGGCCGUUUGUAUCGAUCCGAGAGUGGCUCCCAAACCGGCCAAAUGUCUCAUCUACUCCUUCGGCAUCCAGGAUGACUGGUCCUUUGAUGAGACAAUGGCACGUUACGGAUGCGAAGUAUUUGCAUUCGAUCCGUCGAUAGGGAUGACGUCACACGACCACAGCCCAGGUAACAUCCACUUUCACGACUGGGGAUUGGGUGAUCGCGAUGAAUAUGACCGUCAUUUCAACUGGACAAUUCGUUCGUUGACUUCCAUCUACAAGACGCUUUUGCCGCGUCACGGCAACAAAACGAUCGAUUACUUGAAAAUUGAUAUUGAAUAUUCAGAGUGGAUAGCUUUGCCUGAAAUUAUCAGUUCCGGAAUGUUAUCCAACAUCCGUCAAUUGGGCAUUGAAGUUCACCUGGACAAAGAGGCUUCGCUAGAAGAGCACCGCGGGUGGGCCAAGCUUUUGAGAUCCCUGGAGAAAUCGGGAAUGGUCCGCUUCGAUUCCAAAUACAACCCCUGGUACGUUGGCAAUUUUACAAAGUUUCCUUUGUCAGCAUCUUUGGGUUACGAGAUUGCGUGGUACAACAGUAACCUUUCGCAUCCGAUGCUUUAAUAUAAUUUUUUCCUAGAAUUUUUCUAUGUACAACAGAAACUGUUAAAAGCAAAU